CUCCAAACUAACAUGGCAGUCAGACUGUGUGAUGUGGCUUCUCUGCUUAGAAGUGGUUCGUGGGCAGCAGAGCCUUGGACUGGGCAGGUAAUUGCUGCCAUGGAAACACAACUGUCUAAUGGACCAACUUGCAAUAACACAGCCCAUGGUUCAACCACCAUAAACAAUUGCUCAUCACCAGUUGAUUCUGGGAACACAGAAGACAGCAAGACCAAUUUAAUAGUCAACUACCUUCCACAGAACAUGACACAAGAGGAGCUGAAGAGUCUGUUUGGCAGCAUUGGUGAGAUAGAAUCCUGCAAGCUUGUCAGGGACAAAAUAACAGGACAGAGCUUGGGCUAUGGUUUUGUCAACUACGUUGAGCCCAAGGAUGCCGAGAAGGCUAUCAACACUCUGAAUGGAUUGAGACUUCAAACUAAAACCAUAAAAGUUUCCUAUGCGCGACCAAGUUCGGCUUCUAUCAGAGAUGCAAAUUUAUAUGUUAGUGGACUUCCAAAAACAAUGACCCAGAAAGAACUAGAACAGCUAUUUUCCCAAUAUGGACGCAUUAUUACUUCUCGUAUUUUGGUUGACCAAGUCACUGGGGUAUCAAGGGGUGUCGGGUUUAUCCGGUUUGACAAGCGAAUUGAAGCAGAGGAAGCUAUCAAGGGCUUGAAUGGCCAGAAACCUCCAAGUGCCACAGAGCCCAUCACUGUAAAGUUUGCUAACAAUCCAAGCCAAAAAACCAAUCAGGCCAUCCUUUCCCAGCUGUACCAUUCUCCAAACAGAAGGUAUCCGGCACCUCUAGCUCAGCAGGCUCAACGUUUUAGGUUGGACAAUCUGCUCAACAUGGCUUAUGGAGUAAAGAGGUUUCCUCCAAUGACCAUUGAUGGAAUGACCAGUUUGGCUGGAAUUAAUAUCCCUGGACAUGCAGGAACCGGAUGGUGCAUUUUUGUGUACAACUUGGCCCCUGAUGCUGAUGAGAGUAUCCUCUGGCAAAUGUUUGGACCCUUUGGAGCAGUAACCAAUGUGAAGGUCAUUCGUGACUUUAACACCAACAAGUGCAAAGGGUUUGGAUUUGUGACUAUGACAAACUAUGAUGAGGCAGCUAUGGCAAUAGCCAGCCUGAAUGGAUACCGCCUCGGGGACAGAGUAUUGCAGGUCUCCUUCAAAACAAACAAAACGCACAAAGCCUAACAAGUUAUUCUCAGUGCAUUAAUACAUGAAAACUAUACAACAAAGGCAAUUUACAAGAAGCUUUAUGCAUUAGUAAAUGCCUUUGUUGUAUGACAGUGUGGAAAUGGGGAUAAAAUGACUACUUAGCAUCCUAAGAAUAUGUGAGAUUUUUUAUUGCUAAUAUUUGAAUUAAAACUUCUUGAAUAUCUUUUGUGUUUGAAUAUUGACAAGAGCUACAGGGUUUUUGCCUGUUACAAUGCAUAUUCUAUUGCCUUCUUUGAAGAAGGUGGACCUUUUAAAAUGUUUCAGCUAAGGGAAGAAGUUUUUUUUCUUGUUACAUGACUGCCUUUAACCUAUGAGUAAAUACUGAGGCUUUGUGUUAUACUUUAAGUUGGGUUUUUUAUGUUAUUUCUUGAUUUGCCUUGUGUUUAAUUUACAUUUGAAUGCAUUGCUGUUUUGUUGUUCAAGAAAAGUAUUUGAAGUUUACAUUUAAUUUAUAAAGUUAUAAGCAGUAUUUAUUUUAUAAUUAUCAUUUGGGUUGGGGAAUGGGAACACAUUAUAAAAAGCUUAUUGUAAGAAUACUGGAGAACUUUUCGUAAAGCAGUACCUUGCCAAAGAGAUAAGAGCCUCUUUGAUGUGGGUUUAAAAAAGCAUCUAUUUUUA